UGUACAUAUAUUUAUAUACAUAUAUUAGAGUGUAUGUGUAUGUAUGUUUUUAAAGGCUAGCAAGCGCCGCGCCACAUUAUAAAUAAGUUUUUGUUUUAAUCGCCGCAUGUGUGACCCAAUUUGAAAAACAACCUACAACAACAACAACAGCCACAACAUUUCUGUGCACUUCAUUAAGCGUGACCAACAACAACAACAACAAUGAGACUCGAUGUUAAAUGUGUUGAAUGUGCCUUUGCAUAAUAAUUAAAAAUCCAGCAUUUUGUUUAUAGUACAACAAUACAAUUACAAUUAAUUUAUAAACACAACCAAACUUGAGGAACAUGAAAAUGUUUAAGUAAACAUUUAUACAAAACCGAAACCAAAAGAACAACAAAGUUAAAUUAAAUAAAGAACAACAACACCAAUUAUUCAUUUCUGCAAGAACCUACGCGGAAGUCCAGAAUUUCCUCAUAUAGAACGACGACAAAUUUUACAACGUGAAUAAUUUAAACAAAUUUUUGGCCCCACACCUACUAUAUACUUAUUUGUAUGUGUGUAUAUGUGCGGAGAGUACCAAAAUAUAUAAGGCACUGGGUUUGUCUUAAAAGCAGCUGCAGGCGCAGUUGCGCAUGCGCUUAGGCGCAACAACAACAACAACAACACCAGCUAGUAGUAGCAACAACAAUAGGAACACACACACACACACGUACAAUGACAGAAAAUCAAAUGUAUCCCAUGUCGUCAGAAUUCUUUGACACAUCAUCGAACAGCAGCAGCAAUCCUUUGAAAUACGAUCUAUAUUCGUUUGGGAGCAGCAGUUUUGGCAGCUCUGUUGUUGUUGGGUCGCUGCCGACGCUUACAAUAAACACAAAUUAUAAUACAACAACACUUGCCGGCUCAGCAGUAACGUCGCCAGUAACAGCCACAUCAGCAGCAACUAUUGGCAGCAAUGUUAUGCUGAGCACUGCGAUCAGCAUACCACGCAGCAACAAUCCAAACCACAAUCAUCAUCAUCCCUACCACCACCAGGACAACACGCGUCAUCAUCUGCCCAGUCCCAGUCCCUUGCACAGCAUGGCGUCGAGCACACAACAGCAGCAGCAACAGCAACAACAACAACAGCAGCAGCAGCAACAACAGCAGCAGCAGCAACAACAACAACAGCAUCAUUUGCAGCUGGGCGAGCUGUCGGACUUUGGUUUGGAUGCUGCCUCGUUGUCGCCCACCUUGUUGCAAGAUGUCAGUCUCAGUGCCGCCUCGCCACUCAGCCAGACCCUCUACAAUGGCAACAUAUCGAGCUAUUUUGCACCCGACCUCGCCUCACCGCUGGGCGGCAGCAACGAGCUGAGCAUUAGUCUGAAUGUCGCCGACAAUGCUCUGCUCAGCGGUUUGGGCAGCGAUGGGAGUGGCUCGCAUGUGCACGAUGCCAACAAUGGGCUGCUCUUCGAGGCGCCCCAUUCGAACACCAUGUGGAGCGACAUUAGCAGUGCCAUUGUGAAUCCGAAACACGAGCCGUUCAGCGUCGACGACGACUACAUUUUUCCCAACGACAAGGCCGAGAUACAGGCGCUGGCUGACCUCAAUGCUGGCGAAUUCUUCGAUGUGAUUACCAACUUUGAGGACCUCUUGCCCACCAGCGCGGUGGCGCAAGGUGUUAACUUUUUGCUGUCACCCCAGCCGAGCAGCAGUGGCAAUAGUUUGCCGCAGCUGAAUAGUCCUGGACAGGCCUCACCUGUGGGCCCGCCCAUGGAGUUGCUGCAGCAGCAGAGCUUGCCACAGUUGCAAACGUUGCUGACGCAACAGCAGCAGCAACAACAACAGCAACAACAGACACAGAAUCUACAGCCAAGUUCCUCAACUAGUCCGUACGAAAUUUAUCACAGCACGCCAAAUAAGCCACAACAGCAGCAGCAGCAGCAGCAACAACAACAACAACUGAGUGCCGCCUUCUCUCCAGGCAGUCAGCCGUCGCACUCGCCACUGCAACAGCAACAACAACAACAACAACAGCAGCAGCAACAGCUGGGUAGCAGCAUCACGCCGCCACCUCCGCCACACGCCAAUCGCUCGCAAUUCCAGCUCGUGAAGUCGCGCAACAUGCAGGAGCUGCUGAAGAAGGGCUUGUCGAGCAUCUCACCGGAUGGCUCGAUGCUGGGACAGUCGGUGCCCGGCGCCAGCAAUCUUCUGAUGAGCGGCAAUGCCCUGAGUCCGGGCAGCAGCAGCGGUUUCGGUAGCGCCGCCUCCGGCAACAGCAGCGGCCAGGUGGUCGUCACCGCCAGCAGCGUUCGCAAAUCCUUUGCCUAUCAGGGUGCCGCCGAAAGCUCCCCAUUGUCCCGUCUGUCCUCGUCGGCGCCCACCCAUCUGGGCUUGGAGCACAUUUGGAUGCGCCGCGAACCACGUCAGCAUUUACUCUCAACCGGCUCGCUGGCCGAGGCCGAAUCUUUCUCUUCGCUGAGCACGGGCAGCGUUUUGUCCCCAGAUGGCAUUGAUUUCUCGCAGGACGACGACGACGAUGCCUCCAGCGAGAACAGCGACAACUACGAUGACUUCUCCAGUGACAAUGGAUCUGGCGAUGAGGACGAAACACGCACAUCUACGCCCAAUCAACUGUCCUCCAGCAAGGGCAAGGAGCGCUACUUCUGGCAGUACAAUGUCCAGGCCAAGGGACCCAAAGGCAAGCGUUUGGUCUUUCAGUCCAAGCUAGAGGAUCCACAUGUGCUCAACGAGGUUACCGAUCCAGUGUUCAGUCCCACUUGCUCAGUACGCGGCAUAAAGGUGUACAAGCACAGCGGCAAAGCUCGCAAGGGCGAUGGCAACGAUCUGACACCCAAUGCCCGAAAAUUGCACAACAUUGGCAAGGAGCUGGACAAGCUGAGUCGCACCAUCAACGACAUGACACCCGUCUCGGAGCUGCCCUUCAAUGUGCGUCCCAAGUCGCGCAAGGAGAAGAACAAGCUGGCCUCGCGUGCCUGUCGCUUGAAGAAGAAGGCACAGCAUGAGGCCAAUAAGAUCAAGCUCUAUGGUCUCGAAAUUGAGCACAAGCGUUUGAUCAACGGCAUUGCUGAGCUGAAACAGGCACUGGCCCUUAAGUAUCGCGCCCAAAGCAUGGGCGAGUCUACUGAGGAGGUUGAUAAUCAAAUAAAACGCAUUUACGCCACGGCUUCAUCUGGCAUUCGUGUGGCAGGAGGGUCCACGGACUUCGUCAACAAAGUUCUAGAAAAUAUGCGCGGUGGCCUGCCGAAUGGGGGUCUGGAAGAGCUGCGCAAAUCAUCAUAAGAACGAGGACCAGCAACGACUAAGAAUCGCAAGAAAAUAUGAUUUCUAGUGUUUAAGACGAGGAGGUUAGGGUUAGGGAGGGCUAGAGGGUUAGAGGGUGGCAACCAGAAGCAUGAACAUGAGUCUAGACAUAAAAACAGGAUAUCUUUAUGAAUGCAUGAGUGAUAUGUAAUAUGAAAUAACAGAGAAAAGAAAUGUAGGUACACUGAUAUAAUAACACUGAUAUACAACUGUGAUUAAAGGCCUGGCGUAGCGCAACAAAUUGUGUGAAGUGAAAGGAUAAUUCGGCCACAAACCAGAACUAAAGCGAAAUGGAAAACAAUUCCUUUGUAAAAAAAAAAACGAAACCUCAAGCAAAAUAAACCAACACCCACACACUCACACACACAAACAAUUGUAAAGAAAGAGGCAACCAAUAACUAAGAAAGAAAAAAAUAGAAAUACAAAUACAAAUACUAGCUGUUAAGUUUGAAGAAAACGAGAGAAGAAAUUGGGAGUAGAUGCGCAUGCGCAGCUCUCUGUUAUUAAGAAUGGAGGAAUGAAGGAAGGAGCGCGUCUAGACGGUAGCUACCAGUUUUACCUGCUUAUCAAAUAGGAUUAUCUUCAGCUUAAAUUUGGAAACCUAAAAUGCGCGCACUGCGAUUUAUUUGCUAGACUUUAAAAGAUAUAAAAAAAGAAACGAUAAUAUAACUACAUACUAGUACACAGCUGUAUGUAAUUGGUUCAAUGUUGUAGCCUUUAACUCUUUUUAAUUAAUUAAUUGCGUCGUUAUGAUGAGAGCUUUUAUAGCAUUAUUUUUUAAAAAUUAUGAUCGAUAUAUGUUUGUUAGUGCGUUUUAUGUAAUCUUUAAGUUUUUGUUUCAACUUGCAUGUUGGCAUUAUCCCCAUUUUUUGAAUUACGUUCUAUGCGGCUCCUAAGUUCUGGCAAAUAACACAUACAUAUAAUACCAAUAUAUACCAUAUAUACAUAUAUAUACUUCUAUUUACAUAUUUUACUCUACAUACAUACAUGCGUGGUGAUAUAAUUUUAAUUUUGUUUGCAAUUGCAUUAAUUUUGUGUUAAGGCGAAAGAACUUGGCUUGAGAAUUGCAGCGAGUUUUGCCUUAAAAGUCAGUUUCAAUUUACUUUAAGUUCCAAAAUUUGGCACAACAAUUAAUUCACUUCAAUAAAAAAUAAACAAACUUUAGUUUUAAAUUCAAUUGCGGGUUUCUUUGCCAGCACACACACCUUAUUUUUAUAAACAAAACUAUAUACAUACUUAUAUAUAAAAGAAAGAACCAAACAAAACAAGCCUA